AUGGCGGUGAAGGUGUACGGGUGGGCGAUCUCGCCGUUCGUGUCGCGGGUGCUGCUGUGCCUGGAGGAUGCCGGCGUCGACUACGAGCUCGUCGCCAUGAGCAGGGAGGCCGGCGACCACCGCCGCCCCGACUACCUCGCCAGGAACGUGCGUGCUACUGCUGCUGCUCUAGGCCCCUGCUGUCAGUAUCCCCUGCUCUGA